AUGAGUUUAUCGCUAUAUCCCGGCACUAAUUGUACCCCUGAAGAAUGGUAUGAAUAUUGUAAAAUGCCUCAAGUCCGUGAAAAUGAAACUCCUAGUGAAGAACAUGGUCUUUUACUUACUCAAAGCAAAAAAUAUCUUGAAGCUAAGGAAUUGAUACUAUUUCCCAAUAAUACUCCAUAUGCUCGUGAAAUCAGAUUAGCAAUUUGUUUCUCUUGUAACCAGUUAAUAUAUUGCGGACAACGAACUCAAAAUAUAGGUAAUUAUAAUCAUAUAGGAAUAGAGAGACAUUGGAAAUUCUCAUGUAUCGGUAAUAAAUACUGUGGUGUAAGUCACGAUGAAUACUUGAAAAUCAAGCAAAAACCUAAAUAUAAUUUCGAUGAUAAAGAUGUUGGUAGAAAAAUUCAAGCAUGUAUUAUUAUACAACGAAAAGUUGUUGAGUGGAUUUAUCGCCCUGAUGGAUUAACUGCUCAGGAAUUAGCAUUACAUUAUACUUGUUUACAGAGCAGAAAUGC